AAGCGUAUUUUAUUAAUAUCGAAAUGAAUGUUUUCUAUGCAAUCAUACAAAACGUUUCUAUUUUCUCAGGAUAAAUUUUGCAAACUAAGUGAAUAAAAACCCAUUUUUUGUAAAUAAUUCUAAGAUAUCAAUAUCUAUACUUCUUGUCUCUAUAUUUGUUUUUAUGUAAGAAAAUUACAAUGCACGUACAAUCGCCUGUCUGCGUGUGUGUGUCUUUAGCUUAUUAUUUUCUAGCUUAGCGUAUGGCAUGGUGUAUUUUCAUAUCAGUUAUCUAUCUUUCACAUUGACAUAUAUAUAUAUAUCUAUACAAGCCUAUAUUUUGUAUAAUAAAAUCUUAAAAUAAUUUCUUUCAUAUUUCAGGAUUCAUCACAAACAUCAUACAAGAAAACUAAUGAUAAUAAUGGAAAAAUCAAUGAAUUACUUGAACAUAAAUCAGAAAUGUCAUAUUAUGUUCCACCAGCAACGCAUGUGUCUCGUGAACCAUUAUCAACAUCGCCAAAAAUUCAAAAUUUUAGUGAUGAAGACGAUGAUUUAUCACAUUCUUCAAUUCCUAAACAUUUCAUAGAAAAGAAUCAAUAUUCAGUUCCAAAAUUUAUAGCAGACAAAGACCAAAAACAAAAUGUUGCAGAUCAACCACAUUCUUCAAUUUCAAAACCUCUCACAGAUAAUUAUCAAGAGGAAAAAUUUGGUGAUUUAUCACAUUCUUUUGUUCCAAAAUUUGUAGCAGGAACAAAUCAACAAGAAAAUGUUGCUGAUUCAUCCCAUUUCCCAACCUCAAAAUUCAGCACAGGAAAAAAUCAAGAUGAAAAAGUUGGUGAUUUCGUACAAUCUUCAGUUCCAAAAUUUACAUCAGAAACACAACAAAAAGAGAAAAUCAUUAAUUUACCAUAUUCUUCAGCUUCAAAGCCUUUCGUAGGAACAAACCAAGAUGAAAAAACUACUGUCUCAUCACAUCCUUCAGUUUCAAAAAUUACAACAGAAAAAUACCAGCAAGAAAAUGUUAUUGAUCAACCUCAGUAUUCAACUUCCAGAAUCUUCGUAGGAACAAAUCAAGAUGCAAACUUUGGCGAACCAUUUCAUUCGUCAGUUCCAAAAUCUACAGUUGAAAAAAAUCAACAAGAAAAAUUUGCUGAUUUAGUACCGUCUCUAAGUUCAAGACCUUUCGCAGGAACAAAUCAAGAUGAAAACGUUGGUCAUCCGUUACAUUCUACAGUUCCAAAAACUACAACAGAAACAGACCGACAAGAAAGCAUCUUUAAUUUACCAUAUUCUUCAGUUUCAAAGCCUUUCGUAGGAACAAAUCAAGAUGAAAACGUUGAUGAACCAUUAUAUUCAUCAGUUUCAAAAUCUGCAGUUGAAAAAAAUCAACAAGAAAAAUUUGGUCAUCCAUCACAUUCUACAGUUCUCAAAUUCACAGCAGAUACAAACCAACAAGAAAAAGACGCUGAUUCAUCCUAUUCUCCAAUUUCAAAAUUCGUCGUAGGUAAAAAUCAAGAUGAAAAAACUACUACUUCAUCACAUCCAUCAGUUUCAAAAAGUACAACAGAAAUCGAUCAACAAGGAAAAGUUAUUGAUCAACCUCAUUAUUCAACUUCCAGAAUCUUUGUAGGAACAAAUCAAGAGGAAAAAUUUGCUGAACCAUUACAUUCUUCAGUUCCAAAAUUUACAGUAGAAAAAAAUCAAGAAGGAAAAGUUGCUGAUUUACAACAGCCAUCAAGUUCAAAGCCUUUCGCAGGAACCAAUCAAGUUGAAAAAAUUGAUCAUUCAUCACAUUCUCCGGUAUUGAAACUCACAGCAGAAACAAGUCAACCAGAAAACGUUACUAGUGUACCGUAUUCGCCAAGUUCAAAGCCUUUUGCAGGAACACAUGAAAAUGAAAUAUUUGGUCAUCCCUUACGUCCUUCAGUUCCUAAAUUUACAACCGAAAAAGACCAAGAAGAAAAUGACGCUGAUUUAUCCCAUACUCCAACUUCAAAAUUCGUCGGUGGAAAAAAUCAAGCUGAAAAAAUUACUGCUUCAUCACAUCCUUCAGUUUUCAAAUUUACAUCAGAAAAAGACCAAGAAGAAAAAGAUGCUGAUUUAUCCCAUUCUCCAACUUCAAAAUUCGUCGUUGGAAAAAAUCAAGAUGAAAAAAUUACUGCUUCAUCACAUCCUUCAGUUUCCAAAUUUACAACCGAAAGAAACCAAGAAGAAAAAGACGCGAAUUUAUCCUAUUCUCCAAUUUCAAAGUUCGUCGUCGGAAAAAAUCAAGAUGAACAAGUUGGUCAUCCAUCACAUUAUUCAGUUCCAAAAUUCACACCAGCAAAAGAUCAACAAGAAAAUCUUACUGAUUUAUCCGAUUCCUCAACCUCAAAGUCAUUCUUAGAAACAAAUCUAGAAGAUGAUUCCUUAUAUUCUUCAGUUCCAAAAUCUGCAACAGAAAACGAUCAAUCAGAAAAACUUAUUAAUAUCCCAUAUUCGUCAUUUUCAAGACCUGUCCUCGAGAAACAUCAAGAUGAAAAAGUUCCUGAUUCAUCACAUUCUUCAAUUCCAAAAUACCAAGAAGAAAAAGAAGUUGAUCAUUCCUCAAAAUAUGAAGCUACCGAACAAUUAUCUCAGAGUGAUGAUAAUCAAGUUAUUCUUGAUAUGCAUGAUGUUGCAAGUCGUUUAACAUCAUUACAUGAUCAAUUAAAUCAAUAUGUUUAUUUAACAGAUAAUCUUAAUGAACUUCGAACAAAUGUUGAUCAAAUAAAAACAUUACAUUCGGAUGUUGAACAAGAAAAACGAACUAUUAACAAUCUUGUUGAACGUGCUAGUCAUAUCAAUCCUCAACUUGCUAAUCUAAGUCAAGAUCUGGAAGAAAAACGUGUUGAAAUCUCAGAUAUCAAUAGUGGUUUAAGUGAAAUAAUCGAUCGAUUUAUUAGUCAAGUUGAUGAAUUCAAUAAUGAACAUGAUCAAUUAAAUCAAUGGAUUGAAACAAAUAAUAAAGAAAUACAAAAACCAUUAGAAUUAUCAACAUUAGAAAGUGAUAAUAAACAAUUUAAAACUAUUUUAAAUACAACAAUUAAUUUACAAAAUGAUGUCAAAUCUUUACAAGAUCAAUUACAAUCAAUUGAUUCAACAAUACAAGAUUUUGAAGAAGCAACUGGAAAUACUGAUGGAGGAAAAUCAGCUAAUAUAUAUAAACAACUUCAACAACGUGCAGAUGUUCUAACAACAAAUUAUACAGAUUUUCUUAAACGUUCUAAACAAAUCUCGGAUCAAUGUGAACGUCAUAUGAUAACAUAUAAUGAAAUAAAUCAUCUUAAUGAACAAAUUCUUACAUCAAUGAAUGAAUUUAAUGAAAAUUUAACAUCGGAUGAAAAUAAACAACAAGAUGAUAAUACAUUACAAAUACUUUUACUUAAUGUUCAACAACAAUUAGAUAAAUUAAAUGUGCUUGCAACACAUGAACCAGCUUCACCAUCACCUGUUAUGUCAACAAGUACUCAUCUUCAAAAUGAAAUGAAAGAACAUCUUCAUACAUUAAUUGAUUCUCAUACUCAACGUUAUGAUAAUGCUCAACAAGGUUUAAUGCAUAAUUUCGAAUUAUUAGAACGUUAUAAUCAUGAACGUCAAACAAUAAAAGAACGUAUUGAAGAAUUAAAUCAUUGGUUAUUAACAUAUACGGAUAAUCAAAUAAAUUCCAAUGAUAUUUUUUCUAAACCACUUUCAUUAAAACGUUCGAAACUUGAUGAACAAAUUAUACAAUUUCGUCAAUUUCAUGCACAAUUACGUACACGUCGUCAUUCAUUUGAUUCCGAUAUCAAUACAACAAUUAAUCUUGAACAAUUAUUAGAUAAUAAUGAUAAAAAUAAUUUAGAAUAUAUUGAUAAACAAUUUCAAUUAUUAGAUGAUCAAGCAAAUCAAUAUAAUGAACGUAUUAAUCGUUUAUCAACACGUUUAAAUGAAUUUCAUCUUGAACAUGUACAUUUAAUUGAUAAUUAUUCGAAACGUUUACGUCUUUAUAGUGAACAUAUUGAACAAAAUGAUGAUAUUAAUUUUUCUGCAUUACAAUUAUUAUUAAAUAAUGAUAAUGAAAUAAUAAUUGAUCAUGAUUUAUAUGAUCAAUUAAUAGAAGAUUUAACUGAAACAGAUAAUAUUGAAGAUAUCAAUGAAAUAAUUCAAUAUAAAAAUCAAGUUAAUAAUUAUAAAAAUCAAUAUGAUAAAUUUCAAAAUGAUUUAAAAUUAAUUCUUUCAAAUCGACAAGAUAUUUUAAAUGAAUAUGAAUUAAAGAAAAAUUUUGUACAAGAAUGGUUAUUAACAACAGAUCGUUUAUUAAAACAAUAUCCAAAUGAAUUAACAUUAUCAUUAUGUAAAAAAUUAUUAAAUGAACAUUCAACUAUGCCGAUUGAAGAAUUUAAAUUAUUAAAUCAACAACUAAUUAAUUUUUAUUCAUCACCAAAUCUUUUAAAUUUAUAUGAACAAUUAAAAUUAACAAAACAUAUAAAUAAACAUUCGAAUAUAACAAAAAAUUUUCAACGACAAACAGAUGAAUUAAUUGAUAAUUAUAAUUCAAUAAAAGAUCGAAUUCUUCAACAUAUGAAUCUAUUAGAAAAUAUUCAGCAAGAUACUGAAAAAUAUCAAUUGGCGAAACAAAAAGCUGAAGAUUCAAUUGAAAAAGCGAAAGAAUUAGUUACAUUAGAAGAAAAUACAAUACUUCCAUUAGAUCAUCAACAACUUGAUAUAAUGUUACAAAAAUAUAAAAGUAUUGCCGAUCAAUUCAAAAUGAUGUCUCCAACUAUUGAUGAAUUUAAAACAAGAGGUUUAACUUUAAUCAAUACCACUGAACGAUAUAUCGAUACUGAACCUAUACAAAAUGAAAUUACUUCAAUUGAUAAAGCAUGGUCAGAAUAUGUUGAAUAUAUACUUGAUACACUUGAUUAUAUUCAAUUACAUCAAGAAGAUUUACAUGAAUUUCAUCAAUUAUCAAAUGAUUUAAUAAGUUCAUUAAACGAAAAACAACAUGAUUUAGAAAUUUUAAGUGAAAAUGAUUUAAAAAGUUUUAAUAAUGAUUUAGAAAAAUGUUAUGAACAAGUCGAAUUAUUAAAUCAAAAAGGUGAACUUCUAUUACAAAGUUCAGCAACAAAUUUAAAUGAUGAAAAUGAUAAUCAAAUUGAACGUUUAUUAGAAGCAAUUAAUCGUAAUUAUGAUAGUUUAACUGUUAAAACAAAAUCUAAUCUUGAAAAUACGGAUCAUACUCAACAAUCAACAAUGAUUCCAACAGAAGAACAAGAAGAAGAACAACAAAAUAUAAUAUCUCCAAUAUUAACAAAUCAACUAUCAAAUGAACUUCAACAUCACAUCGAAGAAACCGAUAUCGCUAUGAAUGAAUUAUCUGAAUUAUUAGUUUCAUCAACAACGGAUGCAGUAUCUGCACAACCUAUUAAAUUAAGUGAACAAUUACUUGAUAAUAUUGCUGUACAAAGUGAAUUAGAACGACGUAAAAUUGCUCUUGAACAAUUACAUUCAAAUGUCGAAACAUUGAAACAAAUGAUGGCAAAUUCACCCGAUACAGAUUCAGUUAAAGUUCUCGAUCAAAGACUUACUCUAUUAAAUGAACAUUGGUCAAUAAUGAAACAAGCUAAUGAUAUUCGUACUGAAAAUCUUCUAUUAACACAAGCAUGUGCAACUACAUUUUGGUCUCAACAUUCUGAACUUUCAACAUUUUUGAAUAAUACUGAAAAACAAUUAACAAAAAUUCGUCCACGUUCAACAUCACGUGAACAUAUUCAACGUGAAAGUCAAAAAUAUAAUCAAUUAGCUAAUGAUUUUUCAAAUGAAAAAAUUAAAUUUCAAGAAAUUCUCGAACAACAUACAUCACAAUUAUUAACAUUAAUUGCAAAUAAUCCAGAAGAAAGUAAUGAUAUUGAACGUAAUAUACAAGAAUUAAAACAAGAAUGGAAUCGUAUAGAAACAAAUUUAAAUACAUGUCACAAUGAAUUACAACAAGCUAUGAUUGAAUCAACGGAAUUUAAUUCGAAAUUAGAACGUGUAUCAACAUGGUUUGAUGAUACUGCAAUUCCAUCAAUAGUCAAUGAUAAUAAUGAAUUUGAACGUAUACGAACAUUUAAAGAACAUUUAGAUUGUAAAUAUCUUGAUAUUGUAAAUUUAAAACAAGACUAUACAGAUAUUGAACAACAUAAACAACAACGAAUUGAUGGAACAAUACAACAAGAUGAACAUGAUAUGGAAGAAAAUGACAAAACAAAUCUUGUUGAAGAACAAUUAGUAAAUAUUGAUUCGAAAUGGGUUGAAUUAAAUGGAAAAAUACAAGAACAGUAA